AUAUGCAAAUAUUUUCAACAAAAAGCUCUCUAACCCAUUAAAAUCAUAUUGUUAUGAAUUAUUUUACACAUGCUAUGAUUCACUAUGCGUUGCUUCUGUUCCUCAUUUUCAGACUUUGCACUUGCUUAGACACAAUAUCAAUAAAAACCAAUCCCAUUAGAGACAUAGACAACACUGUUUUAGUCUCUAGCGGAGAAACUUUUGCACUUGGAUUCUUCGGCGAACCAAAUUUCCGCUACGUUGGAAUUUGGUAUCACAAAAUUCCAGGCCAAACAGUUGUCUGGGUUGCAAACAGAGAUAAUCCUAUAACCGAUUCAUCUGGCUUUCUCUCCAUUGAUACUACAAGUGGAAACCUUGUACUCUACAAAACAAGCAGGAUUAAUCAAACAGUUGAGGUUGUAUGGUCCACAAAUUCUUCUUCAGCAUGUUCACCAGCAAGUGACUGUGUAGCUCAGCUAUUGGAUUCAGGCAACCUUUUUUUGCUCCAUAACAUCAAUAAACACGUUAUAUGGCAGAGUUUUGACUACCCCACUAACACAAGGCUUUCAAACAUGAAACUUGGGAUAGAUCUAAGAACUGGAGUGAAUAGAUUCCUGACAUCUUGGAAGUCUGAUCAAGAUGAUCCAGGAACAGGAAAUUACUCUUACAGGAUUGUCCCAGGUGGGUCCCCUCAGCUGAUCUUGUACAAAGGUCAGAUUCCAUCCUGGCGAGCAGGUCACUGGAAUGGGAUUGGAUGGAGUGGUAUACCUGACAUGGCCGGUAAAUUCCUCUUCAAUGUGGGUUUUGUUAAUGACAACAAUGAGAUCAGUGAUAUGUGGGGUGUGUCCGAUUUGUCAAUCUUGUCCCGACUUGUUCUAAAUGAGUCUGGAGUGCUUCAAAUAUUUUUAUGGUACAAGGGAGCUGAGCGAGGAUGGAAUGAAAUGUGGUCAGCACCAACGGAUCGCUGUGACCAAUAUGGACGUUGCAGUGCAUUUGGUCUUUGUGAUAGUAGCAAUGCUGCACGGUUUGAGUGCAUUUGCUUGCCAGGAUACGAACCCAGGUCUCCUACUCAAUGGCACAUGAGAGAUGCAAACCAUGGCUGUGUAAGGAAGCCAGGGUCAUCGAUUUGCAGCAAAGGUGAAGGCUUUGUGAAGGUGACAAAUGUUAAGGUUCCUGAUACUUCUAAUGUCACUGUGAUUAGUAGCAGUUUGAGCUUGAAAGCAUGCAAGAAGGAGUGCUUGAGGAACUGCAAUUGCACAGCUUAUGCCAGUGCUAAUAUUAGUAAAGGAGGGAGUGGAUGUAUACUAUGGCACGGGAAUUUGACUGAUACCAGAAAGUUCACAUCUGAUGGUGGUCAAGAUUUAUACAUUCGCGUUGAUGAGCAAGAAUUAGCCCAAUAUGCCAAGAAACCAAACGGUAUGCUUGCCAGUAAGAGGAAUCGUAUCAUUUUGGUAGUCUCUUGUGUCACAAUUUUCUUCAGCAUCACUUUCUUUGCGUAUUGGUUUUGCAAGAGGAAAAGAAAAGAAUCAUCCAAGGAGAAGAAGCUUGAUGAGAGUGAAAGACAUUCAGAUUUACCAUUUUUUGAUCUAAGAACCUUAAUUACUGCGACGGACAAUUUCUCUGCUACAAAAAAACUUGGACAAGGUGGAUUUGGUUCAGUCUAUAAGGGUCAACUAGUUAAUGGACAGGAGAUAGCCGUGAAAAGAUUAUCAAAACAUUCAGGACAAGGAAUGGAAGAGUUUAAGAACGAAGUCACAGUGAUAGCGAAACUACAGCACAGAAAUCUUGUGAGGCUUUUGGGUUGUUGCAUCCAUAAGGAAGAAAAGAUGUUAAUAUACGAAUACUUGCCAAACAAAAGCUUGGACUACUUCAUAUUUGAUGCAUCAAGAAGGUCCCAUUUGGACUGGACAAAGCGGUUUGAAAUUGUUAUUGGAAUUGCUAGAGGGAUCUUAUAUCUUCAUCAAGAUUCAAGGCUGAAAAUCAUCCACAGGGAUCUAAAAGCUAGCAAUGUUUUACUAGAUUCUGCAAUGAAUCCAAAAAUUUCAGAUUUUGGAAUGGCUAGGAUGUUUGGAGAAGACCAAAUCCAGGAAAAUACAAAAAGAGUAGUUGGUACAUAUGGUUACAUGUCACCAGAGUAUGCAAUGCAAGGGUUAUAUUCAACAAAAUCUGAUGUGUUCAGCUUCGGUGUUUUGCUACUAGAGAUCAUUACCGGUAGGAAGAAUACAGGUUAUAUCAAUGGAAGCCCCUUCCCGAAUCUCAUUGGGCACAUAUGGGAAUUAUGGAAGGGAGGAAGAGUGUUGGAUAUAGUUGAUCCAAUAUUGUGUCAGCCAUUUUCGGCUCAGGAGGAGAUUUCAAAAUGCAUCCACAUUGGGCUACUAUGUGUGCAGGAAGGCGCAACACACCGACCAACCAUGUCCGCGGUUAUUUCCAUGUUGGCUAAUGAUACCACGCUUCCUCCACCCAACACACCUGCAUUCAUUUUCAAUCAGAAGACCUCUCAUAAUGCAGAUGCUUCAACGUCAAGAUCAGGCGAAGCUGCUUCUUUGAAUAGCGUUACCAUAACUACACUUGAAGCUCGUUGAGCUUGAUAUGUGAGGUUGUGACCUUCUUUUUCUUGUUCUUGAAUCUAUAACAUAUAGCAUGGUAGGAAUGAUAUUUUUCAUAGUUUUUCGUAAGUGAAAAUGGAUGUGUUCAUAGUUUCUUGUAAGUGAAAAUGGAUGUGUUCAUAUAAAAAUAUUUUCA